GCUCAUAUGUUUCAGAAACAUACGAGAACUGCCCUCUUACGUAAUUUUUUCCACCCUGUCGGACAGUCGCUGCGUCAUAAGCGUCACGUAUCAUUUCCGCGCGCAAGCCACGUCCCUGCUCCCUUCCAGCUCGAGAGAUCGCAGGCACUUCGCAUGGAUCGUAUCGACAAGAUGCACGAACGGCGAAACGCUGAGAAUUUCAUCAAACACUUCCACUCGCGAAACUCCGCAGACUCUCGGUUACUCUCAGCUCUUCAAACCUAACUGCUUCAGCCAGAGCUUCCAGCAUCCAUCAAUGGAGUCCGAGCUCAAGCACCCAGCGAUGAUCGAUACGAAGCUGCCUCGCGACGAGCUGGAGGAGAAGUUCGCCCCGUUCGUCCGCCGCGACGUGUACGGCCCCACGGGCGGCGACCCGCCUCUGGCGGAGAAGGUUCUCCUAGGCCUCGCGCUGGUGACGAUCGUCCCCGUGCGCGUCGUGGUCGCCGUGAACAUGGCGCUGUUCUACUAUUCCAUCUGCAGGGUCUGCACUCUCGGGGUGGAGCCGCACCGGGAGGACGACCAGGAGGACUACGCGCAUGUCGGAGGGUGGCGGAGGGCGGUGAUCGUGCACUCCGGGAGGUUCUUGUCCCGAGUCAUGUUCUUCGUGCUCGGGUUUUACUGGAUUCGCGAGAGGCGUUGUGGGCCGAGAAUUCUCAAGUCCGGUGAUGAUGAGAAUUUUGGCGUAGAGCAGCUUGAGGAGAACGAGAGGCCGGGAGCAAUUAUAUCUAACCACUUAUCUUACAUAGACAUAUUAUAUCACAUGUCCUCCUCUUUUCCAAGCUUUGUUGCCAAGAGAUCAGUGGCUAAACUUCCCAUUGUUGGCCUUGUCAGCAAGUGCCUUGGUUGUAUCUAUGUCCAGAGGGAGUCAAAAGCAUUAGACUUCAGGGGUGUUGCAGGUAUAGUGGCUAAAAGAGUUCAAGAAGCUCAUCUGAAUAAAGAUGCUCCAAUAGUGAUGCUUUUUCCAGAAGGCACAACCACAAAUGGGGACUUUCUUCUUCCAUUUAAGACAGGUGCAUUUUUGUCAAACGCCCCAGUGCUCCCAGUGAUUUUAAGAUACCCUUAUGAGAGGUUUAGUCCAGCCUGGGACUCAAUAUCUGGGGUGCGCCAUCUUAUUUUUCUCCUGUGUCAAUUCGUUAAUCACCUGGAGGUAACAUAUCUACCUCUUUACUACCCUUCAAAGCAAGAAAAGGAUGAUCCGAAACUUUAUGCAGAUAAUGUCAGAAGGUUAAUGGCUAUAAUGGGAAAUUUGACGCUAUCAGAUAGUGGAUUGGCUGAGAAGCGAGUGUACCAUGCUGCUCUCAAUGGUAACCACAUGCAGAAAGACGAUUAAGUUACGCCAUUGACAU